AUGAACAUCGUCGUCCUCACAACUCCGGGCGGUUGCUAUUUUGGCAGCGUGGACUCCGUGCAGAUGCGAUCGUCUUGCCUGCAAGAGGAGAGGACAUGUUUUCAUCUACAGUGGACUCACAGCCCAGUGCGCUUCCGCAGCACGGUUGAAAGGAUGGAAGAGCAGAGGGAGCAGUGCAUACUGGAAAGGAAUUCUGGAUUUUCCAAUUUGGCGACUAGGGAACCCUUUUUAAUAUUAUUAUCUUUAUAUUUUGCUGAGGUGUACUUGUACUACUCCCGUGAACUCUGA